AUGGUGGCAAAAAAGGUUAAAUUAAACAUAGAUGUGGGUGGUGUAGUGCAAACCUGUCUGUCUAUUAGCAGUGUGGAUGAUAUGUGUGCGCCUAUCUACCUGAGCAAUAGAAUGAGCUAUAUGACCAUACUAAAGCACAUACUCAAUAGGAGCCUAAAAAUAGAAAGUGAUCAAUAUAAUGCCAGAGAAAAGGAAAGUGUCUUAAAUAUAAUCAAGAAUGGCAUAUGCCAAUACUUUAUAUACAAUAGGAUCGUAGCACAAAUCAUAAAUAGAAUGCAUAGUGCGCUGCAGAACAGAGACGACGCCACAAUCAGACACAACGCUAUCUGUCUAGUUAAUGAGCUUAUAAAACCAAAUAGAUUUGUGUACAACACAGAGCACGGGAUGGCCCGAGAGAUAGACAUGAAUAGCCUGUUGGAAAAUAUAGAUCCAGACGAUAGUAAUGCUGAUCUAAGCCCUAGGGCAUACACUCUAGAGGUUAACGAUGAAAGCUUGGAACGCAUGCUGCAGUCCACCGCAAAGAGUCUAGAUAGGCACAUUCUGAGCUACAUAUCCAACUCAGUGCAUCUAAAGUGCAUAGAAAAAUUAAAAAAAUACUCAUCUGUAGAAGAGUUCUAUACUUUGGACGAUCUCUACACUCUGACAAAAGAUGGUGCGCCACUGGUAGACUAUGGGCUGAGGCUUAUUCAGGAGAAGUAUUACAAGAUUGUGGACUUAGUUGAUCUAAUUAGAGGAAUAGAGGUCAUUUCCAACAAGCCACAGAACCUGAUUAAAAAAGAAGUUAGUGAGUUGUUUACUGCUGAAGAUCUGAGGAUAGCUAUUUCUAUCAGCGACCAUCUAGAAAAAAUUUCAUAUGAAAAGAAAAUACACAAAUGCGUGAUUAAAUCACUAGAAUACCUGGCAAACAGCACAGAUCUCUUGGAUGAGAAAGAUGGCUCGAAAGUACUGAAGAUAAAGCCGGAUCUAAGUGAUUUUUAUGGAAACUAUGUGUUUAACAAAGGCUUGAAUGAAAUAGUGUAUGAAAAAGAAGUCGAGCUGUCUGAUGAAAUAAUAAAAGCCCGUGCAUCCCUUAGCACAGAAAAAAUAAACUGCGCAGAAAAAGAAGCAGAUCUGCAGGAAUGGGAAAACACUGCUGACCACAGCUCUCCAGACUAUAGCCAAAUAAGAAGAGAAAAGGCAGAAGCAGUAGAAGUCGCAAGACGUAGAGCUAACUGUCUGGAAAAUAAGAUAUAUUUGCUAUCGUGUGACAACAAAAAAGAAGAGCUGCAGAAUGACAGCAAUUUUGAGCUUCUAAUCAGCUUGAACAACCUAUCUGACAUAAGCCCCGCCCAGAAACAGUACAUUCUCGAAAGGAUAGAAGAAUUCAGUGAGGCACAUAGUGUAAAGGUAGAAGUAGCAAAAGAAAUAAAACCUUUCUCAAUAAAAAUCACCAGAGAAAAACUCAUUAAAAUGCUUAUAUUAGGUGUUAUUUGUACAGCAGCAUUGGUGCUAUUUACUGCACAGUCAAAGGAUAGAGCAUUGGCUAUAAACAAUUUUAAAUAA